AUGCCAACUUACUCUACGACUACAUUUCAUCCCUCCACAACCUCUCCAAAUGCCACGUCACUACCCACCAUUGUCUCCGGUAUCAAUUGUGACACCAUAGAAUAUGUGCAGAGAUACUCGCCUAUUGUGCUCAUGCAAGUUUUACAGUUAGUCCUUGCUUUCACAUCAGUUGCAUUGGUGAUAGGUGGGAGAGUUGUCCAACAUCAUUCUUAUUUCCAUCCGAAUGUGAAAAGUCUGCUGAAAACUUAUCAUGGUGCUAUUCUAAUGUACGGUUUUGCAAUGGGGACUGCUCAGAUGUAUCAUGUACUCACUUCAAUGUCGUAUGAAAGUUGCGAACUUCUGAUUUCGUGUCGCCUGUGUUUUGGAUUCAGAGUGAUAAUGACGGCAACUGUGAUAAUUUUCUCCCUCCUUCUCUUCGUCAUCCCUCUCGAACGAACCAUCGCAACUCAACAUCUUGGGAGAGGCUACGAAAAUCGACAGGGGACUAUUGGAAAAUUCUUUUCAUGGAGUAUUAUCUCCAUAUCCACGAUAUUCUCCCUAUUCUAUCACUACCCUGACUUUUCCAAAAAUCGAGUGUGCACUCAUUGCAUUUAUGAUCAGAAUCGGGUGUUGGUACCGAUGGAGCUGAUGGUUUGGCUAGCAGGAUUGUCUACAGUAUCCCUCGGGUAUACUGUAGUAUUGUGGAUUUUCAACAGAUGCAAGUUGAAGAAAAAAACCUAUUCCCUAGCCAUCGAAUUCCAAAUCAACCAAAAUCUUCGUAUCCUCCACUUGGUGCUUCCACUGUCAUUUGUCACUUGUUUCGCAUUCCUAUGGUAUUCUGUAUCCCCGCAACUGUUCUCACUUUCUAGUGACAUGGAUCCGGAGAAGAAACAAUUUCAUGAAAUGGUGCAGAAUAUCUUCCCCCUCUACACCCUUCUCUCCUCCACCCUCUGGCUACUAAUGAUGAUAUCCGAAAAGAAGAAAAAACGAGUCGGAAUGGUGCCUCCAGAAUUGAGAAAAGACGAAAAAGAUGUCUAUUUUCAAACAUUAAACGAUCAAUGGUCACGUGUCCCAUCCCAAAAAACUUCUUGUCGUCUUCAAAUUCUAACCGUUUUCUCAACACCAAGAAGUUCAAUGGUUGCUUGA